AUGGCGGCAGAAGAAAUCGAAAUUGACCAAGCCGAGAAAGCGCCACAAGAAAACAGCAAGCAGGAUGUGAAGCCUGUACAGACUGUUAUCGAUGAAAUCAGACAGAAUGCGUCUUUGAUUGAGAGAGCUGUAAUCACCACGGAAUCUAGAAUUACCAGCAGAGUCUUACGUACUUUGACUACGCUGCGUAAGAGACUAAGCGAUGAGGUUCUUCUUCAGGCAAUCCAGCAGCUGGGAUCUCGCAAAUACAAGACUCAGUUAAUGCCAUACCUCUCAAACGACAUGCAAGUGGAUUCGUCAUUAGCCCAAACAAGCGAAUCUGGCACUUUACCUGAAGUUGACAUAUAUUUGUCUUUGCUGGUGCUUUUGCGACUAAUUGACAAGCCAAAUCUGAGCAGCGCCCUCGAGUUGGCAAUAACAACACUCAACAACAUCCAGGCACUCAAUAAAAGAUCGUUUGAUCCUCUUGCAGCCAAGGUCUGGUUCUAUUACUACAGAAUACACGAACUUCUCGGUCAAGAACAAGAAUCACGUACUCAACUUUUAGCCGGUCAAAGAACAGCGGUGCUCAGAAAAGACACUGAUUGCCAAGCAGUUAUCCUCAACUGUCUUUUACGCUGCUACAUCUCAGCUAAGGCAUACGAUCAAGCUGACAAGCUGAUUGCCAAGUCAACAUUCCCAGAAGGCGCAGGUAAUCCACAGCUUGCCCGUUAUCUGUACUACCUUGGUCGCGUCAAGGCUGUUCAACUAAACUACAGUGACGCUCAUCAUAACUUGCAACAGGCAAUCAGAAGAGCACCAAGCGGAAAUAUCGCACCAGGCUUCUUACAAAAUGCCUACAAGUUCUUUGUUGUGGUUGAGUUGUUGAUGGGAGACAUACCAGAACGUUCGAUAUUCAAACAACAACUCCUUAAAGGCUCUUUGGAGAAGGGUGGCUACUUGGCUAUCACACAGGCAGUCAGAGUUGGUGAUUUAUCACUCUUUGCAGAUGCUUUAUCGAAGCACAGUGACAGCUUCAUACGUGACAGCACGUACACACUCAUCCUGAGACUUAGACACAAUGUUAUCAGGACUGGAUUACGUAUGAUCUCAUUAGCUUAUAGCCGUAUUCCACUUGGGGACAUAUGCGCAAAGCUGAGACUUGAUUCAGAGGAAGACGCAGAGUACAUAGUCGCGAAAGCAGCAAGAGAGGGAGUAAUUGAAGCAACGAUCAAUCAUCAACAAGGUUACAUGGAGAGUAAGCAAGGAGGAAACAUCUACGACACUGAAGAGCCACAAGUGCUGUUCAGACAAAGAAUCCAAUUCUGUAUGGAUCUUCAUAACGACAGUGUCAAGGCGAUGCGCUACCCACUUAAAUCCAAGGACGAUGAUCUUGCCAAAGCGGAGGAAGCUAGAGAACGCGAAUCGAGAUUGAUUAAGGAGAUUGAAGAUGGUGAUAUUGGCAGAGGGGAUGAAUAG